UUGUUGCUUGGGUCUAGACGGGGCAGAUAUUUUCUCCCAUGCUGUAGUGGCGUUUGGUCACAGAAAGUUUCUAAGUUUUCGGCCGUUUUCUGAAUCGUGGUGCCGUCCGGUGCAAAUGUGGUGACCUGGUUACCCCCCCGCUGCACCCUGAUUCCCGGUGGUUUCGUUUGCCGCUGUGCUGAGCUGUCGCGUAGCCCGUCGCUGGUAGACCUCGCGGUGUCAUCGUAGCCGUCGUCGUGGUUCUUGGCGUGUGAUCAGUAGUUCCGAAAGGCUGCAUCUCACGUACGCACACCGUACCGCCUGAUCGGUAAAGUGUUUUCAGUGUAGAAUCCCCCAGUGUGACAAAGAAAGUUUCGCUGAGCAACAACGGUACAGUAGCAGGAGCGCAAAAUGAGUGCCGCCAAUGUCCCCGCCGCCGCCGCCAAUCCUGCCCCACCGCCCGUGCUGAAGAAAGGCAUCGUGAAGCAGAUUCUCUCCGGUGAUUCGUUGAUCCUGCGCGAUAAACCCGUAAAUGGACCGCCGCGAGAGAAGCAGCUUAACUUUGCUGGCGUUGUCGCACCGAAGCUUGCCCGCCGCCCAACCACCGGAUCGAAUGACGGUUCGAAGGAUCAACCCUACGCGUGGGAAGCGCGCGAGUACCUGCGCCAACGGUUGAUCGGCCAGGAGGUGUGGUUCUACUCGGAGAAGCCCCCGAACGCGAACCGCGAGUACGGGUACGUGAAGCUUGGCAAGGACCUCAACUCGGAGAACAUCGUCGAGUCGAUCGUGUCCGAAGGGUUGGUAACGGUGCGACGGGACAGUGUCCGCCAAACGCCCGAACAUGCCCGCCUAAUCGAGCUGGAAGAUGCAGCGCGCCGGGCCCGCAAGGGCCUCUGGAGCGACGCGCCCGAGGGCGAACACGUGCGCAACAUUGUGUGGAACAUCGACAACCCGAAGCAGUUCGUCGAUCAGCACGGUGGCCAGCUGAUCAAGGCGAUCAUCGAGCACGUGCGCGACGGAUCGACGGUGCGUGCCUUCCUCAUGCCGAACCCGCGCGUCUUCCAGCACAUCACGCUCAUGAUGUCCGGUAUCCGCUGUCCCGGGUUUAAGCUAGACGCGGAAGGUAAGCCGGACAACACGACGGACGUGCCGUACGCGGAGGAGGCUCGCUUCCACGUGGAAAGCCGGUUGCUGCAGCGCGAGGUGAAGAUUCGGCUCGAGUCGAACAGCAACACGAACUUCCUCGGUACGAUUCUCUGCCCGGAGGGUAACAUUGCCGAAUCCCUGCUGCGGAACGGGUUUGCCAAGUGUGUCGAGUGGAGCAUACCGUACGUGAAGGAGGGUAUCGACCGGUUGCGCGCCUCCGAGCGGGAAGCCAAGAUGGGUCGGUUGCGCCUGUGGAAGGAUUAUAAGCCGCCGGCAGCGUUGGCCAACACCAAGGACAAGGAGCUGGUCGGUACGGUGAUGGAGGUGUACAAUGGGGACGCGAUCUCGGUGAAGGUGGGCAACGUCACGAAGAAGGUGUUCUUCUCGUCGAUUCGUCCGCCGCGCCCGAAGGAGGAGGAUGGUCCGCGGGCGAAGAACUCGCGCCCCCUGUACGACAUUCCCUACAUGUUCGAGGCACGCGAAUUCCUGCGCAAGAAGCUGAUCGGCAAGCGUGUCACGUGUACGCUGGACUACGUUGCACCGGCGCGCGAUAACUACCCGGAGAAGUACUGCUACACCGUGCGGCUGGAUGACCAGAACGUCGCGGAAGCAAUGCUAGAGAAGGGUCUCGCCACGGUGAUCAACUACCGCCAGGACGAUGAGCAGCGUUCGCCCGAGUACGACAAACUGCGCGCCGCCCAGGAGCAAGCGAUCAAGGGCCAGAAGGGUAUGCACGCGAAAAAGCAAACCCCGUCCCAUCGCAUCAACGAUCUGACCACGGAUCACUCCCGCAUCAAGCAUCACUAUCUGCCAUCGUGGCAGCGAGCCCUCCGCACCGAAGCGCUCGUCGAGUUUGUUGCGAGCGGCUCGCGCCUUCGUAUCUACUGCCCGAAGGAAAGCUGCCUCGUUACGUUCCUGCUCGCCGGCAUUAGCUGUCGCCGCUCGUCCCGCCCGGCGAUCGGUGGUGCCCCGGCCCAGGAAGCGGAACCGUACGGCGACGAAGCGUUGCAGUUCACCCGCGAACGGGUGCUGCAGCGGGACGUGAGCGUCAAGAUCGAAACGACCGACAAGCAAGCGACCAGCGUGAUCGGUUGGCUGUUCACCGAGCAUAACGUCAAUCUGUCGGUGGCGCUCGUCGAAGAAGGUCUGGCGGAGGUUCACUUUACCGCGGAAAAGUCCGACUACUACCGUGUGCUGCGUGAUGCGGAAACGCGCGCCAAGGCGCAGCGUAAGAACAUCUGGAAGGAUUACGUCGAGAAGGUGGCGGCGGAGGAGGAGAAGGAUGAGAUUGAGGAUACGCCGGACGUGAACACACCGGCCGAGCGGAAGGUGAAGUACGAAAGCGUGGUCGUGACGGAGGUAACGCCCGAGCUGCAGUUCUACGCCCAGCACACGGACCAGGGCGCCAAGCUCGAGGAGCUGAUGACGAAGCUGCGCCAGGACUUUAAGGCGAUGCCACCGGUAACGGGCUCGUACGCACCGCGACGCGGCGAUAUGUGUGCGGCCAAGUUCUCCGAGGACGACGAGUGGUACCGUGCGAAGGUGGAGAAGGUCGAGAAGGGUGGAAACGUGUCGAUUCUCUACAUCGAUUACGGCAACCGUGAGACUGUCCCUUCGACCCGCCUUGCAAUGAUCCCGCCUACCUUCAUCUCGGAGAAACCGUUCGCGCAUCUGUAUGUGCCGGCCUUGCUGCUGCUACCGACCGAUCCCGAUGAUCGUACCGAAGCCGUGAAAGCGUUCUCGCAGGACGUGCUGAACCGAACGCUCAACAUGAACGUCGAGUAUCGCAUCUCCGGAACCGAGUACGUAACGCUGGUUGAUCCCAGCACGAAGGCCGACAUCGCCGAAGACCUAAUCGCUGACGGUUACUUGAUCGCGGACAAGAACAAGAAGGAUCGCAGAUUGACCAAGCUGAUUGCGGACUACAAGGAUGCAGAGCAGAAGGCCCGCAAGCAGCACAAGGGCAUCUGGCAGUACGGUGACAGCACCGAAGACCAGGCCGGAGAGUUUGGCCUCAGCCGUUAAUGGGCCGGCCAUCGCUCUCCCAUGCCGUUCACCCCAGACAGUUUCACGUCACGUCACGACACGCGCCCUCUGCUCUAAGCCACACGUACACGCGUUUACAUCCGACUGGUAUACGCCCACACGUCUUACUAUCUGUAGCUGUGAUUGAUCCUCACCUAACCUGUGUGUGUGUGUGUGACGGUCGCCGCGCUACAAGGACUGGUUAAACUGUUUUUCACCUCAACUCGUACGACUAUAAUUGGCGCAAGGAUCACGAGAGCGAUCAUCGAUUCGUUGUUGUGUAGCACGUGUGUGAGUGUGUGGUGUGAGCAGCGAGCAUCCGGACGGUUGAACCGUUUUGAUUUCGGAACUUAACACGCACACACACACACACUUGCACUUGCACUCAGAAUCGACAAGAAGCGGACGGAAACAAAACGGGUUGAACGCAUGCAAAUGAAUCAUUACACACCUGCCUAUCAAUAUAUAACAGUAAAACAAAAAAACAAAAGUACACUAUAUAAUGUGAGACAAAAAAAAAGAAGUGAAAAAGUAAAAAAAAAAGGGAGCGAACAUAUGAAGCGAAACCUACAUUUGCUGUGCUUGCUCUGGCGCCUAAAGGAGGACACACCAACACCACUACUACUGCCCGGUAUAUCUUCCACCGUAUGCUGCUCGAACACACGUGUAUCAUCGUCGACAACCACUAUCCACUCCAGUGUUCGAGUACGUACAACGAAAUCGGAAUGCUGCGCCACUAAUACUCCGCCACUGGACGCUUGCCGAGUCCUUUGACUUGACGCUGCGAGUUGGCAACCAGUACGUAAUACAGCCGCUAUGAUGGGUGUGGGUGUGUGUGUGUGUAGCGUUAAAAGCUACACCACUUACGCGGUGUCUGAAGAAGAAGCAGUAAGGGCCGAGACAACGGAGCUAUAGCUACAAAGCACAUAUAUGAGACUGGAGCGCGAGCGCCAGAGCAAUGGUUUGCGCAUUUUUUGUUGUCAAACGUUCACAUUUAGCCAUUAGUUUUUGUAUGUUUUUUUUUUUGUUUGUUUUCCUUCUUUAACGCUCUCCUGUUCCAAGUAUGUGUUUUUAUUUCUACAAUUUACGCGCGCGUAUCGCAUUAUAUACAUCUUCCAUCUGCCGUCUGUCUGAUUUAAUCGUAAAGAAUCUUUUUAUUUGUUUGUUUGCUUCACGCUUCCUUACCAUUUACUACUUCUUUUGUCUUGGUUCCAAUACAUGGUGAAAAUAAAGAGAGAAAAAAAACUAUCCUGACAUUAUAAAACUGUAAA